AUUGUUGAACUGUUGCAUAAAUUCAGAUAGAAAAAUGUAAACAUUACUGAAAUAAUCUUAUUGUAUCUUCAGUUUGACUUGUUUAUUGAUAGUAUACAUUCAACGGUAUGGCCAAUUUUUAUUUUUAUUUAACCUUUAUUUAACCAGGAAGUCCUACUGACAUUAGAAAUCUCGUUUACAAGACAGACCUGGCAACGGUAGUGAUAUAAAACAGGUGUAUGAUACAUAAAUGAGCAAUAAAACAGUAAAACCAGCUCAACUACAGAUUUAUCCAGAACAUACAUCUGAGUAUAAAAAACUAACCCUGUCAUUGUUUCCUUAUGAUAUGGGUCAGUAUAUACUGUAAUAGCGGGAAUUUUUGAGUUUAACAUAGUUGACAGGUAUCAUUGUUAACAUUUUGGCUGUUUCCAAACAUCAACAUGGCUGCAUAUAACCACAUGGCAUUUUUACAGAAAGAUUCUUCUCAAUAUUUUACUGUAUAUGCAGUUGAGGAAAUUGAAACUGAGAGUUAUUUAUGAAUAUUGGAGCAGGUCAAGUGAUUUGGAUUUACCACACUUUCUUGAGAGGUGGGAUGUGAUGUGUUUGUAGUGGGUAACUCUCAUUUUAACAAAAACAACACAAUCAAAACAUAUUUUGAAUGAGCUAAUUUUAUUAUUGAUUAGCUAAUUAGCAAGUGGUUAUUAUUUAAUUCGGAUGGUUAUUUAGUGACAUUUUAGUGAUAUCUAAUCUAGUAGUUUGUUUGUUUGUUUUAAUAAGUGAUUGUUUCCUUGAUAAAUAAUUACGGAUUUUGUAAAGACAUGAUCAUAAGGAACAAAUACGUUAUUUUAUUUAUUUUUUUGUUUUUUACUUUUAAUAAAAAUGUAUGCAAGGCAAUAUCCCACGGACUUCAGUCACUUUAUAUAUUGACCCAUAUACUAAUUGUUCACCCGGGUAGUCAAUCAGAGCAGAGCUGAAACUAUCAACGUGUUCUUUAACUUCUUAUUUUCGUCAUCAUUUAAAAGAUCUUUGCACCACUCUGAUGCCGUAAUCGGUGUCCAAACACCUCAAAUAUUCGAGGCUCUUUCCUGAGAUACGAACGAUUUUACACGUUAUUUAUUAACUCGCCCACUGCCCUCAGACUAGAAAUGUGCUUGUUGUUCUGCUUGUGUGAAUGUUCCUAAGGCGCGAACAAUAGGGCCAAACUGGUCUCUACCGAAUUCAAUCAAAACGUUCAGGUCUAAUCAGGUAAAUAAUGGUGUCCUGAUAAUGAAUCGACAUCUUCCUGGUUAUCAGUGAUCAUGAAAUAGUCUGCUCAGCGAAUGCCGUCGAGAUUGAGCGCAAACCUCAUGAUGCAGCUGGGGAGAAUCAUUCUAUCUUGCUAAGGGAAGACGAUCCGCUUUACUCUUAAUUGACAACACAGCGACCCUUGUCGCCGUGUUGUCUGAAAGCAACGUGUCACUAAACGUCCUGAGAUGUUAUUAAGCUGGUGAAACUAUUUGUUCCGUCUUUCGGCUUUUGGUUGUAUACGUGCGUAACGGGAAAUAACACGGAGAAAGGUCAUAUUUGAGAAAUAUUUGGCAAUGCACCGAGACCAUUGUUAUUCAAAAUUAAGGAUCAAAUUUCGGUCUCAUUGUCCCUUUCUCCGCGUUUCACGAUGACACAUCUCUUCUGUGUUAAUUUUCUUGUAACGUGGCAGCGUAAGUCAAUAUGGUUUGCGAUUUUCCCUCUUGAUUACCUAAAGUUUAUAAAUAGCAAAAACCUGUUGAACGAGAACACCAAAUUUGCCGCUUAUAACAAUCUUUACGAUUAAAACAGGACCUAAUUCCCUUGAAACUCCGCUUAAAUGAGCUUUUUUGUCCCAAAGAGCAAACACCAGAGGGCUAAAUCGACCACUUCCAAAUUAAAUCAAAACGCUCAGACUUAAUCAACAGCCCAUUAAAGUGUCCUGAUAAUAAAUAGAUCUUCUCUCUCUUUUUUUAAGUAUGCUAACGAUUAUAAGCGAUCAAGAAAGCGAUACGACGUUAAGACGAAGCGUCAAUUGAUCAUCUUUCCAAUCCUCGUAAUGCUUUUGUGGGGAACUGAAGGUCCGUGAGGUUUCUUUUCAAGACUGAUGUCUUCAAAACUGAUUGGAUGCGAGCAUCAAUUAUCAGCAGGGCUCUGUUGUCCCUUCCGUGUGCUAUGCGCAGAUCUAAAAGCCGCUUGUCAGGAAGAGCAAACUAACAGAAACAAACAGACUGCGCGUCUGAAUCAGAACUACACACGUGGGAAUAUGGGAAUCUAAAGGGUUAUUUUUAAAAAAACAAAAACAAAAAAAAAACUAGGGUUCAAAACAGAUCCACUGCAGAGACCCAUGGUCUGUGCUUGAUGGCACAGGGUGCUUAUAGCGCAAUGUUACCCAAAAUCACUUAAACUGUUAAACUGACUUGGUGCAUUUUUUUCUGCAGUUAAAAUAAACAAACUACACUAAACAACAUAUCAUUAAACUACAGUAACUCGCGCUCGCGAUCUGAUAAAUCCUAUAACCUAUUGUGCGCACUAUUGAUAAAUAGCCAUGCAUGUUUCAAGUGAUAUUUGUUUUUAUAAAAUAAACCAAUGGUCCAAAGCCACUUCUCCAUCUUCACAUCAAAUCAAUCACCCCUCAAUCUACGCCUGGCCGUGUGAGCAGUCGUCCUAUUGUUAUGCUGAUCGAGCGCUUCCUCCCAAGCUAUAUAUUGAAAAGGCAGGUCAGGCGGCCGUGGUGCAGAUGGCAUCUUUCUUUUGACGUCCACUCACAAAAAAAGCCAUUACCAAUUUGGCAACUGGAUUCGGAGUUUUCUUUUUCUUAGCUAGAAAGCGAAUAGUUUAGACACUACAUCUUGACAGUUGGUACAGAUACAGAUUUGAACUGGUGGGACUUGGAUUUGAAGUCGGUGAUUUUUAAAAUGUCAUCUUCUACUUCAUCUCAUCGAGGCAUGUACGCGUAACACCCGAUAGCCACCUUGAAAGGAUUUCAGUAGAUUUGGAAAGUCUGCUUGGCAGCCGCGCGGAAAACUUGGAUUUGGGCGAAACCCUUUUUCCUUUCUUUCUUUUUUUCUUUUUUUGUCGUUGUUGUGGAUCCUUUUUUUUUGCGUCUUUACGCGGCACAUGCUUGGCGCAGAAACAAGUUCAACUGUUUAUUGUGUGGUUCAAGAAGACGGGUGUCUGGAAUCCCAAAAGACUGAAACGAAAUCUCACAUUUUCAGUGACUCAGCGUGCCUGAUACGCGGCCAGAUAUUUCAGUUUCAGGGUUACAAGAUGACAAUGGCACCUAUCAAGCCCAUCCUCGACAAGGCUGGACAUUGAAACUGUGCGUGGCCACUGAGCCGGACCUUGAAGAUUGAAUGCAUGUUUGGCACGGUACCUAUUCGUCUGAAUCCCCACCUUGUAGGUUACGCACCUGGCCUCCCUCAAAUGCACUUAUAGCGCGCGGCUUUGACUUUACUCCUCUCUCAGCUCUACUGUUUUUACGCAUGACUCCCACCAUGGUGGAACCCAGCGGCCUGGAUAUUAUGUGCCUGAACAAGUAUUGUCACAGCUCCUCGUCGUCGUCCAGCUCCGAGCCCGACAAGAAGAUUUUCGCAAAACUAAAGCUCAACUUGUCAGGGGACUAUCCGAGGAAGAACGCAGAGAUCCUCAGCGGUCAGUACGGCACCAAUUUGCUUCUGAUCGGGGCGGCGCUGAUGCUGGCCAUUGCGCAGCCUGACUCGUCUGUCAAGGAAGAGCACUUGUUGUCCUUUGCCACCUGCCUCAUGAUCCUCCAGCUGUUCUGGAUGCUGUGGUACAUUCUGGUGCGGGACAGGCAGAAGAACGCGCGGACUGAGAAAGAUGUCCACGCAACCACAUGCUGGAUAAGAGGUGGGCUGACUCUCCUCGCACUCCUUUCACUCAUUAUGGACGCUUUCCGAAUCGGGUAUUAUGUCGGCUAUAAGUCUUGUGUGUCGGCUGUAUUCGGGGUAUAUCCUGUCAUCCAUGUAACUCACACCAUUGCACAGGUGCAUUUUCUGUGGUUUCACAUCAAGGAUGUCAUCAAGAGCUUUGAAAUUUUUGAAAGAUUCGGUGUGAUCCACGCGGUGUUUACCAACCUCCUCUUGUGGUGCAGUGGCGUGAUGUCUGAAGCUGAGCACUUUUUGAACAACCAUAUAAGAAGACUCUCUGCCCUGGGCUACGAAAAUCUCACUAUAGAACACGUACAACCGGAAUGUAACUGCACCACCAACACAUGCUCCAUGUUCUCCAGCAGCCUCUCCUAUCUCUACCCCUUCAACAUCGAGUACCACAUCUUUGUCUCUGCCUUGCUUUUUGUCAUGUGGAAGAACAUCGGACGCACCAUAGACCUCUCCUCCAACCAGAAAAAACUUGUUACCAAAACCCAGGGCUUGACCGUAGGCCCCAUUCUGGGUCUGCUUACACUGGCCAGCACCAUUGGGAUACUGGUGGUCUACAUCACACACAUUGAGCAGUCCUCCCAAAUGCGUCAGUCGGCCAUUUCUAUGUUCUACAUUUACGGUAUUGUCAUGCUGGCGGUCAUGUGCUUUGCUGGAGCUUUAGGUCUGCUCAUAUACCGAGCGAACCACAUGCCACUGGACACCUCCAAGAACCCGUCAAGACAGCUGGACACGGAGCUUCUGGUAGGAUCCUCGAUCGGUUCCUGGUUCAUGUCCUGGUGCAGCAUAGUGGCUGUCUUCAGCACCGACAGCAGCCCUCCGUAUCGCUGGACCAUCCUGGUCUACUCUCUGCUCAUCGUGUUGGAGAAGUACAUCCAGAACCUCUUCAUAAUAGAGUCCCUGUAUCGCCAGCAGGAGGAUGGAGCAAGGGGAGACCCAGAGUUGCCGGCUUCUCCAGAAAUCUUCUCGGUGACGUCCUCUCUGGCUCCGCCGUACAAUGGCAUCAUCAACAGAGCCUAUGAGACUCCGGACAGGGCCUGCGUCACCAUGGAGAACGAGCAGGAGGAGAGCGGACAGGUGUACGGAUGUCCGCGGAAACCCUCGGAGGUUCCGCUGCCGGUGGGCAACAGGGUGGUGGAGCACCGCAACAUAAAGAGGCAGAUCCUGAAAAACAUCGCCGUUUUGCUGAUAAUGUGCAAUGUUUCGCUGUGGAUCCUUCCAGCCUUUGGCUGCAGGCCACAGUACGACAACGGGCUGGAACAGGAGACGUUUGGCUUCAGCAUGUGGACCACAGUUCUCAAUUUCGCCAUCCCUUUGAACCUUUUCUACCGCAUCCACUCAGUCGCCUCCCUCUUCGAGGUGUUCCGCCGAGUCUGACAAGAAUAGCAGGUGACUGACAAUGCCAGAUAACAUGCACAGGAACACUUGUCACCACCGGCUCCUGGGAGUGUCUCACAGCGCAGGUCAACCGUUCAGGAGGCACUCCGGGUCACACUCCAGCAGACUUGAAAGUAAGCCGUGGAGACAAACAAAAUGUAGGUCCCUCGGUGUGGGGAUUAUGAAGGAAGAUGAACCUAUUAGCCUGCGUUCCUUGAAGAAUUACCUUGCACGGCGCAAGGUUUAUUAAAGACGGUGAUGAAAAGAAUCCUCGCUUUCAUGAAUUUAGAAAGGCCCCUUUGUACAUUUUGUUCUGUAGUCACAUUGCAGUAGGUUUUCCAACUGGGGGAUGGUGUACAUUAUCGGCUUAUACGUUUAUUGUCAGACUCACAUUUUGUACUGUUUCAUAUUAGAGAAUGAAACUAUAUAAUCUACUAUUGACGUGAUUACCAUAGCUGGAAAUACUCGAGUGAAGCCACAGAAAUACCUACUAGUCUAAAUAUCCAGUAAGUUAAUAGUACUGUAUUUACCAGAGCCACAUAUGCUUCGGACUUGACCAAUAUUUGUUCUGCACUCGAAAUGUGCAUACUGUUUAUGGAUAUGGUUCUCAUUCACUUCUCUCAGUAGUUCAGCAGUUCAACGCGUGAACUGCAAGGCAGGUGACAACCUUAGCACUAUAUGUUAAAUAAUCAUUGAAGUUGGAUUUUAGUUCUCAGAAGUAGCUCUCUUUCUCUCAGUGAUUCAAGAUUCCUCAGUUUCACCUUGCAUGAUGACCCUCUGCUCUCUGAAGCUGAUGAAAAUGUUUUACUGGAGCAAACCUUUCUCUCGAUUGUACAGGUGUGCACAGUGCAAUGAGAAAGGCAAGGUGACAACUGUCAGAAAUGCUCUCAGAAAACAUUGGAUUCAUGAAACAUGAUCAUGUAUCAGGACGGUUUCUGGACAAACACACGUUUCUGUGAUAACAAAUGCUACACCACCCAAGAGACCGACGCCUCAGCAGUAAAAAUCAUCACAAGUGACAACACUUGUUUCUUUUCUUUUUUUUAUGUUAAGCACAAAUAGAUAUUUGUACUGUACGAGUUUAUAACAAAUCAAUGACAUCCAGCAGGUUCUCAACCUGGUGCUAUCAUCUGCAUGUGUCCUCAGUAUGUGCCAAGUUGCAGUAAAAUCCUUGUUUUAUUUAAUUAUUAUUUUUUUGAAUUUGUUUCUCAGAUUGCAACAUUACUUCCUGCUUUGUAAAUACCGCUCAACGCUGAUCAAAAUCACUCAGAGGUCAUGAAAUGAUUUUGUGUAAUUCCAGUUACAUGGUGCUGAUAAGAAAUUAAGUGUAUGGCAGUGAUGGAUGUGUAUCUUUUGAUUAUUGAAAUAAAGCAUAGUUUACUUUUUUUCAUAUA